AUGUCCUCUUCCGGGCCUGCUGCGAUACCGCCGUCACCAACGUCUUCGCCCGAGUCAGGUCUCCAGCGACGGCGCCAGUCUGAUAAUCUACUCCAAUCUCCCAUUUCUCCUUCGUUGAUGUCAGUCGCUACGAAGAGCUAUGUCUCUCCCUACGGAAAUGCCCAACAUCCCGACGACGUUUCGGGUCGGUCGUCUCCGCGCUCACCAAGGGGUGCCGCAUCACGCCCGCAGCAACCAACUUCUCGAUCGACGCAAUCUCUUCCAACCCCAGCGCAUAGCGUAACAGAAACCCCCAAUCUUGAAAUGGCAGACGACCCCGAUCAACACCGCGACAAGCGGCCCCGGCUCGAUCCCGGCCGAAUCGAAGAGGUGGAUCGAAUGGAACUGGAACCACUAACACAGCCCACCAACCACGAUCGGCAAGAUGCCAUGGAUACAGAUGGCGAGAAGGAAAUCGAUGCACAAGGAGCAGAUGCAAGGGGAGGCCAGUUGGAUGGAGGCGCUGCUGUUGACGGAUCGGUGGUGGACGAGACGACGCUGGAACAACUACAGAAGGACAUGGGCGAGGCCUUUCUUCUCUGCAGGUCCAAAGUCGAGCGGCAAAGACCAAACCCACAGCAACAUUUACUUGCAUUAUAUGGUCUGGGACCCUUGUUACACAGCGUCGCUCGAACCGAUCCUCGAACCGGUGAAAAGAUCAAUAAGCUGCGAAAAUCAUAUGAAGGUCAGAUCAAGAGUUUCGGUUUGGCGGGGCGAAACAAGCCUGUCAAAGGAGAACGGAAUAUCGACGAAGAUCAACCUGGACCGUUACGGCGGAUGGCAGGAUCAUCACCAUGGGGUCUUCAGCCGGAUGAGCAAUGGAACGCCGAGCAUGCAAAAUCCAAGAUUGAGGUGACACAGGACUUCAGGGCCAAAUUGAAACAAGCUAUGCAGAUGCAGCCGGGUACGGUAAGGAACAAUGCCCAUUGGGAAGACGUCCUGGGGUUCGAUAAACCCAAGCCGAACGCCCUUUCCCCACAACAAGGCAUCACUCAACCCUCACUAUCCCGGCUUGCCAACGGCGUUGUUCGACCGCCACCACAACCAGCUGGAGAAGCCAAGCGACAGACUCGUGGAAAGAAACGGAGCUAUGGGGAUGACAGUUUUGUUGGAUAUGGAGAAGGCUAUUCUGACCCCGAGGAUGGUAGAGAACCCGAGGAAUACGGAGGUCAGAGGAAACGGAAAAAGGUGACGACGAUGGCGUCCUGA